AUGGGCGAUUGGGUCAUGCGCAAGGUUUCCUUGGCCACCAAAAACUCUACCGAGGGUACCCUAGGACCUAUGUGGGAAGGCUCUUAUCAGGUUACCAAGGUCUGCCACCGAGACGCUUAUCAACUUCGUGAUGCCAAUGGCAAGACUUUGCCUCAUCCAUGGAAUGUUGAUCACCUUAAGUACUACCACAAAAUGAUCACGGGACGCUUCUUGUUUCGUGUCCAAGUAAGGUUCUUUGUUUCCUCAUGUCUCGACACUUAUCUUAGGCCUCAGGCUAACACCUUAUGUACUUUUUGCCUUGCGGCAUCUAUCUAA